AUGGACCCAACCAUCGGGACCGAGGAUCACCCGUUUCCGCCGGCCGGAUACAAGACGCCAGGAUGGCCGUCUCUGUUCUGGCCGCCGCUGGAGGACCGUUUUGUGCUCUACCACCUGAGUGACAUGUGGCGCUUCACGUUGAUAUGGACCUUCGUCAUGUACGCCUGCUUCCACUGGGCCGCCAUAGGCAUAGCCCUCAUCGUGCAGAUCGGCAAGAAGAAGACGAACUGGAAGUACCUGUGGACACUACCCAUUAUCUACUCGGCCAUCGCGGCGCUGGAGGCCUUGGUCGCUGGCAGCGUCACUGGCGCCAUGGUCGGUGCCAUUUACCGCGCGGCUGGGUGGUACAUGACGACGUGGAUUCCGUUCAUCUGGGGCUGGGCCAACGUCUUCGUGCUCGUCGUCUCGUCCUUCUCGUAUUCUGGAGGUCUAUGA